AUGGGGAGGAGACAGAGGGGACACUGGGNACCCUCACGUCCCCAAGGUGGCUUUCCCCCGGACACAGCCCCGGCUUGGGACCCCGAGGAGCCCACGCAGUGCUUCUACCACCCCGAGGAGGAGGAGGAGGAGGGGGACGAGGAGAAGGAGAAGGAGGAAGAGCCCCCCCGGAGCCACGUGGCCUCACGUGUCACCCCAGUGACGGUGACACCAGCCCAGGAGGACUCGGGCACCGUCACAGCCCCCAGCGAGGACGUGACGGAGGGGCCGCGCCGCAGCCAGCGCCAGACCCGCGGCCGUGGGGGCGGAGCCAGCCGGGCAGGGGGCGGGGCUAACACGAAAGGGGGCGGGGCGACGUCGGACCCCGCCCCCUUGCGCCGCAGUCCCCGCCUCCUGGCCCGGCCCCCUCCCGCUGAGCCCAAGAAGGGGCGUGGCCAAGAGGAGCCCCGCCCACCGCCCACGUCCCGCCCCCGGAGAGGCCACGCCCCCUCGCAGAAGGAAACGCGGAAGGAGGAGCCAGCUGACGUCACCCGGCCCCAGCUCCGCCCCCGGGGCGGCUCCGCCUCCUCUUCCCUCAAGGUUUGGCCCCAAUGUCCCCCUGUCUGUCCCCCCCCUCGCGUCCCUCUGUCCCCCCAGGGCGUCCCUCUUCCAUCCGCACCCCCCUCCCCCACCCACUGAGCGUCCCCACUCUUUCACAAUGUCCCCAACGUGUCCCCAGCGCGUUCCCAUGCCCCCACACUCUCCCCACAUGCACUGCAUGGGGCUGGUGGCCGCCCUGGGGACGUCCCCGUUGUGCCCCCCCUCACCCUACAACCCGCUCACGGGGUUGGCGGCCGUCCCAGGGGCA